AGGGGAUGCACCUACGGCCAGGCCACAGCCGUUAAAUAGCGGGCCAGCGGCCGUCGUCUGCACUGUACCACAGGCACAGCGCACGCACACACGCACUGUACGAGACUGACAGCUGGACCAGUCGCAGCCCCGCUAAACACACCACACAAUGAGGACGACUUUGGCUCUUCUCCUCAUCAGCGUCUUCGCUGUCAUUUGUUCCGCUCAAGUGGAAGAGGACUCCGUGGUGCGGGAGCGGCGCUUCGUGUCGAGGGUGGAGAACCCGCCGAAGCGGCAGGAGAGCCACUUGUCGGGCAGCGUGGACGGCGGCAUCAGCCGCGACCGGCGCAUCGGCACCAUGGUGCACGGCCGGGCGGACGGCGUGUGGACCAGCAAGGACGGCAACACCAGGGUGGGCGCCGGCGUCAGCUACGGCCGCGUGCACAACGGGCCGGCCGCCGGGCCCGCCUCCAAGGGCGGCUACAUCAACGUCCAGCACAGCUUCCCGGGCAAGUGAGCGGAUGAGAAAGCAGCUGCACAGCGUGCCACACACACACAGCCGGACUCUUGCUCUUUUAAAGCUCUAUUUCAUUUCUCUUACACCGAUGUUGAGCAUUUAACUGUUAUUUUGUUAUUUAUGUAAAUAAGGAUGUAAAUAAAUAUGUAUUUUUGAUAAA